CCCAUCCCUUCAUCAUCUUCAGCCUACGGAUGAAUCACAAGAGCUGAGCACGAGGCCACACAUCACCCAAGAAUACCUAAGGUCACCUCCGAGCAGACCUAUCAGCAUUGAGAUCAGCAAGUCACCGUGUCACCGUGAGGGACACGGAGCAGGAACCAAGAUGUCGCUUACCAGCAAGAAAGAAGCAAGAGAUCGAUCGAGUCGAGGAAGAAGCAAAGGGGUCGAAUGGAAACCUUCACUGGUCACUCCAUCGCCCUCCACUAGCGCAGCAGCAGCAAGUAGCUCGUCAUCAAGGAGGAGGAUCGAAUGUGUCCGUGGGAUCUUACUGGGCAGGUGUCUAGAAGACCACGUUAAAAGCAUCGAGGCUUCCCGGACGUCGUCUACGUCGGGAGCCACCACGAACCAAGUCUCUCGGGCGUCGUCAUACGUCGAGAGUAGAAUCAAGAAUCAAGUCUUCCGGCCGUCGUUCUACGUCGGGAGCAGGUACCAAGUCUGCGCAAGUGCGUCAGCAAGUCUUUGGGCACAGUGUUGUCCUGUCAAGUUGGGUCAGAGUACCCUCGAAUCCGGUGGGGUGAGUGUACCCUCGAAUCUGUUUGGACCGUCGUGUCCUGUUUUGGCCGUUGUGCCUGCGAAUCUGUUGGGCCGUUGUGCCUGUGAGUCUGUCGGGUCGUCAAAUCCCGAAGUUCAAGUUUGGGCUGGUUGCCCUGAAAUGUGAGGCCGAUCCGACUCGUGCCUCAGCCUCGAACGAGUCGAUGCUCGUAUCUUGGAAGAUCGGAGCGUGGAGCUCCUGGUCUGCGUCCAGAGAGCAAGUUUCUGGAUAAGAAUGGGGCGAGUAUGUCCUCGCACCGUAAAUUGGACGAGCAAUUGGCUCGUGCCUGAUCAUCUCCCCUCAGUGCGGAUCGUCAGUCGAGGUUACAUUGUUAGGGUCGAUCAGUCAGAAGCAGAACCACAGCUCUUCUCGUCAUUGGGAAGGGGUCUUCGUAGGAACUCUCUGUCUGUCUUAGCG